GGCGAGAGAGAAAGUAACUCCAGGACGAGACCGGAGCGACCCGCGCAGCGAGCAUAGGCGGCGAAGCUGCGCCCGGCGCCCGAGACCGGCGGCUGCGGGGGGCGGGGGCUGCGCCCGAGCCCGAUCUGCCGCUCCGGCUCCGAGUGGUCUCGGAAAGAGGGUCGUGGUCCUGCACAGAUGCGCUUGUUGGGGGAAGCCUUGGAGAUUCACGGCAAGGCGUAAAGCCUGGGGCUUCCAACGAUACUCUGGGCAGGGAUGGAAGCCUAGAUGCCUCACCGCAAGGAGCGGCCGAGCGGGUCCUCGCUUCACACACACGGCAGCACCGGCACCGCGGAGGGAGGAAACAUGUCCCGGCUGUCUCUCACCCGGUCGCCUGUGUCUCCCCUGGCGGCCCAGGGCAUCCCCCUGCCAGCCCAGCUCACCAAGUCCAAUGCACCUGUGCACAUCGAUGUGGGCGGCCACAUGUACACCAGCAGCCUGGCCACGCUCACCAAGUACCCUGACUCCAGAAUAAGCCGCCUCUUCAAUGGCACUGAACCCAUCGUCCUGGACAGUUUGAAGCAACAUUAUUUCAUUGACCGGGAUGGGGAGAUUUUCCGCUACGUCCUGAGCUUCCUGCGGACGUCCAAGCUGCUGCUCCCGGAUGACUUUAAGGACUUCAGCCUGCUGUACGAGGAGGCGCGCUACUAUCAGCUCCAGCCCAUGGUGCGCGAGCUGGAGCGCUGGCAGCAGGAGCAGGAGCAGCGACGCCGCAGCCGGGCCUGUGACUGCCUGGUGGUGCGCGUCACGCCCGACUUGGGCGAGCGGAUCGCACUCAGCGGCGAGAAGGCCCUUAUCGAGGAGGUCUUCCCUGAGACCGGAGACGUCAUGUGCAACUCCGUCAACGCCGGCUGGAACCAGGACCCCACGCACGUCAUCCGCUUCCCGCUCAACGGCUACUGCCGGCUCAACUCGGUACAGGUCCUGGAGCGGCUGUUCCAGAGGGGUUUCAGUGUGGCCGCGUCCUGUGGGGGCGGCGUGGACUCCUCCCAGUUCAGCGAGUACGUGCUUUGCCGGGAAGAGCGGCGGCCGCAGCCCGCCCCCACUGCUGUUCGGAUCAAGCAGGAACCCCUGGACUAGGCCCUGCUUCAGUGCCUACCUGGGCCCCCCCAGGAACCUGGAAACAGUGCUGGGGAGUUCUGCCUGUGUAUGCUUGGCCAUGGGCAUGAGACUGAGGGUGAGGCUAGAGGGUCCAAAGCUGGCCCAGCAAGCACCAGGGCCCCAGGUGUCAUGGCAACAGAAUGUAGGAUGCUGGAGGCAUGCCUGCAGAAGGACUGUUGAUGUGACCCAAAGAUGCAGCAGUGGGAACUCGGCUGCCAGCUCUCCCAGCCCCUCAGCUUCCCAGCCUGGCGCAGCAUCCUCUGAGGCCCCAGGGCCUGCUGGGGUGGGUUUGGAAGAGUCGUCUGCAGCUACUUCAGAGGAGCUGUUUAUCCCUCUCCACGCAGGGCAGACUCUGGCGGGUCUCCUAGCGUCCGAGAUGGCUUAUUUUUCUACAGUAUUUAAAAUGGAUGCAACCCUAACUGCAAAAGUCAGAGAGGCUGACAAGGACCAACGCUUCUUUAUCUGGUGCUCAGUUCUCAGUCGGACGUGCAGCAUGGCCACAGGGUGGACCAGCUGCCUGGCAUUCAGGCCCAGAUGCCUGCAGGGCUGGGGCUCUCGGGACAGAUGCAGGGAUGUGUGCUGCAGGGCUGCUGGGAGGAGAGUGGUGGGGGCCUGAGGGCUGAGUGACUCUGUAACCACCUGAGACCUUCACCUUUGCUGCCGUUGGGGGCUCAGGCUGCACUCCCCAGGUCACCUGACCUCCUACUGCCCGGGGGCUUCUGGUUCUGUCUGUGUGGACCAGCACCUGGGCUGCUGGAGAAGUCUCCUCCCAUUCGGACCAGGCUCAGGGCUGCACCUUACCUCAGGAAUGGGCCCCACCACAAAGGGGCCCAUCUGUCAGCAGCGUCUUCUAGGUCCCCAGCUCAGGGAGCCAUCCCCAGCUCCAGUUUUCUCAUGCGAAUAUGCACAGAGUUUUAAUUAAACUUGUUACACUAGCCUGCCGAUGAGACCUGGACACAGGCAGACCUGGCGCUCUUGAACCCCGAUUCCAGUGAGGACUGGCCCUGAGGAGUCCUUGCAGCCCUGCUGCCCCCACCACGACAGGCCCAAAGAUGGACACUGCCCCCCCCGGCCUUGUGACAGCUCCCGGAGUGUUCUCCAGUGGAGAAACCACAGAGGACUGGUGGGCGGGGCUCCCCAGCCAUCACCAUCCUGUGUACAAUGGCUGUAGACUUGUAUAUGGCUCCUUUAAUAUUGUAAAGAUGCUGAUGUACAAUUGUCGUGCGUUUGUGUGAACACAUUGCGUUCCCAGUCCAUGCCAUAAAUGAUGCUCUCAAGCAAAAGACUGGAGGCUCUGUCCUGUGCAGAAGAAGCAGCCGGACUCCCGCAUUCGAUGUUGUGCAGGGAGGUUUGGGGGCGGAAUGGAUUCCUCCCAUGGAUCUUCAGUUCACAUCGAGGAAUAACCCGCAGCGGUGGUGGGGGAAGGUCAGUCGCUGGGUCUUGAGCUUGGUGUUAUUUAUUGCAUUUGGGUGCCUGUCCCCUCCGGGCAGCACAGAUUCUGAAUCCUGAUUCACAGCCCCUAGCCAGAUGGGAACUGGGAAAGAGACAGAAGGCGUCUGGGUGCUUUUGAACCCUGUCUUAAAUGUUUGGGAUUUUCUCUCGCACUGUUCCUUGGUUGGGGAUGAUGUCCUCUUUAGACCCCCACGUAAUGGUAUGAGGAGGUGGCAGGCGGUGGCUCAGGCCAGCUGGGGGGGGCCGAGUCGUGCUGCCAGCGUGAGACCUGCAGUUCACCUGAGCACAGAAUGAGAUCUCAGUAUGCCUCUAUGUAAACAGAUUCACAUAGGCCUCCAAUUUUAAUGAGACUUUUUUGCAUUUUUUUCUCAAAGCCCUUAUGUUCUAACCCAUGAGAACCAUUUUACCUGCCCCCUAAGGGCCACCAGCUUCGACUUGCCUCAGGGGACGGCCGCACAGACCAGCCGCUCCCUGUCCAAGGCCGCAGAGCAGACGCCAUUCCAUUGUACGAUCGAAUUUGCUGGACAAACUUGAUAGGUUUCUUUGCUUAGCAACGAGCCUAUAGUUGGCACAUCUGCGUUUUGGCAUCUGAGGCUCCCAUCUGAGUGGAGGAGAAAGUGUUGUGUUUAUUAGCAAGGAAGUCUUGUGAAAACAGCUCGCUGCUGUGUGUGUUUAUGGAUUUUUCUGAUAUAACAGCCAGCAUGGUUACCAAGUGGUAGAGAUUCUCGAACAUUCUCAAACUCUCUUUUUGGGUAAAUCAUUGUGCUAAAAAUAAAAUUUAUUAAUAAAGAAGGGGAAAAAGGAGUAACUACCUGACUAAAUGUUACUCUAAUUUAUUUAUUUCUUUACUAACUAAGUAAAACCAGGAAGUAUGAUUUUACAUCAACCAGAGAAUUUCUGAAUUUAUAGAGAAAUACUAUGUUCCCAUAAUGAUGCUAUAAUUCUAAUAUAUCUAGUCCCCAUAAACAGUAAGUACAAAUUAUCAUUCCUUUAAAGCAUUUUUACACUUCCUGGAAUGAGUAUAUUAUAAGCAAUCUUUUGUCAAAUGCCAGCAGUAUAAAUGUUACUUCUGCUCUUUGUAAACCUCAAAACUCAUUAUUCUUGAUUAUAAGCAACUGGACAGAACCGUGCCAAAGCUUCCCAGUUUCCCACCAAACCCCUGCCAGUGAGUACAGAGAACUCGCAAAGCCACAGCAGGUGGCCCCAGCCACUGUCCCACUCACUGGGGGCCCAAUGCCAGGUCACAACACUAAUAAUAUCUUUCAAAAAAUGUGUCUUUUUUUUUUUUUUUUAAGCUACUGCUUGACUGUUCCUUAGAAUAAAUAAAGGAUAUUUUAUAAAUUACA